AUGGCAAAUCUUAGAGCCUAUGGGGAGAGUAGGAGAAGGAAGGUGAAGGCACGUAUUGAUGGCCAUGGAGAGGAGGUCGAACAGCUUGAUGUUUUGGAGGAGGAUGAAUCCUCUGAUGAUGACUCUGAGGAGGAGGAUGGAUUGGCUGGGGAUAAUGGUCAGAAUGGGGAUAAUGGUGUGAAUGAAGAUGUGAAUGAAGGUAAUGGUGUGAAUGAAGGUAAUGGUGUGAAUGAACCGGCCGAGGUGCCUCCAAUGCAAGAAGCUAGGCCAGCAGACUCGAACCAUUCGAGUUAUAGGCUCUCUGAGGAUUCCAACCAUGUAAGAGUCAAUCUUUCUGAUUUGGAAGGUGGGGACAUCUUCGACGAUGCACCGCAAUACGAUCCACAUUGUAACCACAAGGUUCUCCAGUUCGUGCCGCGGAUGAAGUUUGUAAGUCCUGAGGAAUUUAAGGCAGCUGUGGUUCGCCACUCUGUAGCACAUGGGGCCGGUUUGAGAUGGAUUAGGGUUGAGAAAUCAAGAAGAGAGGUCAAAUGCAAGGAAAAGAACUCAAAUGGAGGGUAUAUGCUAGCUGAUUCAAGCGGAAUCAGAGCUUCAUGGUGA